AAUACGCAUCGAGUUAGCGAUGCGCUAGCAGAGCUAAUUAUCGCAGAACUAGUGACCAGAGCACCGAGUCGGUUAGCGGAGAGUUAGUAGACCGCUAGCAUGAUGUGUUUUGUUUGGAGAGUAGAGCCGCCAAGAGGAGAUCUGUGUGGAGAGGGAGGAGGGAGGAGAGACAGGAACACUCAGAGAGACUGCCUGGAGGAGCUCUCUGCUCUGGACCCAGCACUGGACUGACCCGGGACUGAAUCUAAUGCUGGAGAAAUCCCGUUGAACGACUUACUGAAUGUGUGCAUGUGUGUGUGUGUGUGCGCGCGUGUGCCGUAUUUUUGUCCCGAACAGGAAAAGGACGGGGGUGGGGGGGUUGAAGUGGAGGCGCUCCUUCGGUCUUCUCACCAACGCAGGACUGUAGCCACUGUUGUUGUCAGUCUGACCGAGAGAAAGCAGGAUUGAGCGGACACGGAGUGGAGAGCCUCGGGGUGCAGGAUGCAGGGGUCUUCAGCCGCCGACCUUCCUGUCUCGUCUCUGCCGUACCAGUGUGGACCAGCGGGCCGUCUGUCUUCCCCACCUCUGGUUAAGAGAAGCCCCGGGCCCAGAACAUGUCACCAAAAGCCUGCAAUCAAACCCCGGCCUCAGACCUCCACCACGCCCAGACCUCCGUCCACACAGAAACCUCAAGUACCCCCUAAACCCGCGCACCUGCUUGCCCUUGGGCAGGACAAGAAACCCAAGAGGAUCCCUCCAGCCCCCUCCAGACCGUUGCCCGCCCCCCCCACUCCCAUCAAGCCCAAACAGAACCUCGGUCCUGCUCCCCCAGAGGCAGCAGCAGCCGCAGCACAGAGGGACGUCCAGAAGGUGGGGCUGCUCAUCGAGCGCUUUGAGAACUCCAGAGUUCCUAUCCUGGGGGUGCUCCCAGCUCCCAGGUCUCAGCUGAACCUGUGUCUGAGGAUGGAGUCCGCGGCCGACGUCCCCCCCCCCUGUGACCAGGACACGCGGACCACCGUGGACGCAGAUUCUCAGGACGGCGUUGACAGGACUGCGGAGUCGUCUGAACUUUCUGGCUUGGCGUCCGUGCACACGGAGAGCACGGACGACGUGGAGCUGGACGACAACAUGGUCUGUCUGGAGGACGUGGAAAAGGAGGAGGAGAACUUCUCCUACGUCCUCCUGGACAAUCCUGACUCCUCCCAGCAGAAGAUUCCCAACAGGGACAGCGGUAUUGACAGUCCGUCGUGCACCGCGGAGGAGGAGAUCUUCUCCAACGGCGACGCCAUCGACGAGGAGGAUCAUUACGACAGCGUCACAGAAACAGAGAGCGUGUCCUGCUGCGUUACCAUCGGCAACAAGAGGGACUCCACGCAGGACGAGGACAGUGACUUAGACGAGGGGAGCAGUGGGGAGGUGCCCCCGCUGCCCGACCCCCAGGCUGGGUUUUUAACAGAGGCACCGUCAGAGAACCAGAAGUUCUCCGAGGACCAGAAACUCCUGAACAUCGCCAAAGAGCUCCUCCACACUGAAGAGGCCUACGUCAGGAGACUCAACCUUCUGGACCAGGUAUUUUGCACUAAGCUGACGGAGGCAGGAAUCCCUCAGGAGGUCAUCACUGGGAUCUUCUCCAACAUCUCCUCCAUCUACUGCUUCCACGACAAGUUCCUGUUUCCUGAGCUGAAGACACGCAUCACUGGAGAAUGGGAUUCGAACCCUCGGAUCGGAGACAUUCUCCAGAAACUGGCUCCAUUUAUGAAGAUGUACGGAGAAUAUGUGAAGAACUUUGACCGAUCCAUGGACCUGGUCAACACCUGGAACCAGAGGUCAUCGCAGUUCAAGAGCGUGGUCCAGAACAUACAGAAGCAGGACGUGUGUGGGAACCUGACGCUGCAGCACCACAUGUUGGAACCCGUCCAGAGGAUUCCUCGUUACGAGCUGCUGCUCAAAGACUACCUGAAGAAGUUACCAGGAGACGCCCUGGACCGCAAGGACGCCGAGAAGGCCCUGGAGCUGAUCUCCACUGCAGCCAACCACUCCAACGCUGCCAUCAGGAAGAUGGAGAAGAUGAACAAACUGCUGGAGGUGUACGAGCGUCUGGGUGGAGAAGAAGACAUCGUCAACCCGGCCAACGAGCUCAUCAAGGAGGGACACAUCAAGAAGAUGUCGGCCAAGAACGGAACGGCUCAGGACCGAUACCUCUACCUGUUCAACAACAUGCUGCUGUACUGUGUUCCUAAACUCAGGCUGAUGGGACAGAAGUUCAGUGUCAGAGAGAAGAUCGACAUCGUUGGGAUGGAGGUUCAGGUCAAUGUGAAGCAGAAUCUUCCUCACACCUUUGCCAUCAUUGGAAAGCAGCGUUCCCUGGAGCUUCAGUCCAGGACAGCUGAAGAGAAGGACGACUGGAUUCAAGUGAUUCUGGCCACCAUCGAGAAACACAAACAGAACAGUGAAACGUUCAACAAGGCGUUCAACAGUUCCUUCUCCAGAGACGACGACUGUCCUGAGUCACCGGGUCCCUGGAGUCCCACGGCACUGGACUCAGACGGUGAGAGGCUGCGAGAGAGGAAAAGUUCCAGGAAAAAGGAGAAAGAGAAGCAGACGUGUAAAGGCUGCAGCGAGAACUUCAACUUCACCAAACGCAAACAUCACUGCAAGUCCUGUGGAGCAGCCAUCUGUGCAAAGUGUUCAAAGACCCUGGACAACAAAACCAGCCGAGUGUGUCCUGAGUGUUUUGAGGCCAGUCUGAGUCUGGAGGGUGAGCAGAGGAAGAAGACGUCAGCUGAGAAACAGUGGUCUCUGUCUGGACAGAACUGUUUACUGUGUGGACACCUGCUGGUGCAGGAGCAGGGCAAGAACUGGGCCAAGAUGUGGGCCGCGGUCACCAGGGCAGAACCAUCGGUUCUGUAUUUACAGAGCAGUGGACAGGAGUCUAAAGGAGCACGGGCGGUGCCCCUUCUGGGUUUCACCGUCAGUGAAACAGCGCCACCUGCAGCUGAGAAGUCAGAGUUCAGGCACGGCCUGCGCCUCAGUGACUCCCAUCAGACUUUACUCCUGAACGCUGCCGACGCUGAACUCCAGGCCAAGUGGAUGGAGCUGCUCCUCAGAGCCACCCGUGAAGAAGUGUCCAUGGAUGGAUGAGCCGAGGAGGAGGAGGAGGAGGAGGAGGAGGAGGAGUGUUCACUCCCCCGCUGCCCUCACCUCCCCCCCUCCCUCCCUCCCUCUCCUGUGUUAAAAGCACACAUUACUUGAAUUCACUUUACCUUGGCACUUUUUUAAUUGUUGUUACGUGUACCCCCCUGACCCCUGACCCCCGACCCCUGACCCCCCACUCCACCACACCAUCACUCCUUCUGACUCCUUUUCUCCCGGCUCCUCCUGCAGUUUGAAGUAGAGACACAAGAUUAAAACAUGGCCGACACCCGUGCACGUAGACGUCCGUGUGGUCAAGACACCACGGUGGAAGGACUUUGGACUUUAUAGAAGUUAAAACAGUGACGUCUGGACAUCAUAGAUCUGGACAUCAUAGAUCUGGACAUCAUAGAUCUGUGGUGUGAAGCAUUAACUGUCUGUGUGUUUGUGUGUGUGUGUGUGUGUGUGUGUGUGUGCGUCCACUACCAUUUUCUCCUCAGUAUUGAAUGUCAGUGUGGACCUUCAUCAUCAUCGUCAUCAUCAUCAUCGUCCUCGUGGUCGUCGUCCUCUCUCCUCAUUGGUCGUUCUUUAUCUAUUGUACAGUAUCUAUUCUAUAAUAUGAUUUAAAUAAAAUGAGAAAAUGAAAAAACA